CUCCCCGCUGCCGGCGGCGGCCCGGGCCGCCUCCCGCCUCGCUGCGGGGCUCCGCCGCCGCUAUCGGGCAGCGGGCGCGGGAGGCCAGGCUGCCGCCGCGGCCAUGGCGAAGAACGCAUCCACUUAUGGCUAUGGCUGGAGAGCAGGCUGCCUGGGGGAGAGGGGUCCUUGCACAGAAGAAAGGCUGCUGAUAUGCCUAUGUAUGAGCUCCCAGGUGAUCCUCUGAGCCCACUUCUGAUGCAAUUUUUCUGCAGGAAGGGGUUAGUCCUGAGACAGCUGGGGUUUUAUCUGCCAUUGGAGUCUUCAUUAUCCUCCCUGCAGUCCUCUUCCACUUCAUCAACAAGAAGCUCUGCUUUGAAAAGAGAGAUGAGCUUCCAUGCAUGGGGCAACAAGGGAGAAGAAAACACUACAAAGAGAGGUCCAGAGUUCAAGAGGGCUUUGGUCUGUUGACAGCUGUAACCAGCAUGUAUGUGCUUCAGAAAAGCAACCUGAAUUACAAGUGACAUGCUGGCAAAGCUGAACUGAUCACCAGAUACUUACAUAGUGUUAAACAUGGCUUCUGAGGCUGCUCAGAAUUUCCUUCAGCCACUGUCAUCUUGGAUAUCUCAAAUAUAUGAAGCUAUCCAACAAGCAGGAGACUCUGUAUCUGCUUCACUGCUGAAUUUGAGUGGAAUGGGUCGUAAAUCAGAAGACGAGAGGAACCGGGACUUGGAGAGUAACAAAGUUUAUGAGGAUUAUUCAGAGGAAUUGGAUGAUGAACGACACUUGGACCUCUGGGAUGAGGAAUACUUAUAUCCUAAAGAAGAUGGUCACAUUGGAGGUCAUGAUCUUGCUUUACAAGACCUCCCUCAUGGCUCUGGCAUGAGUCAGCAGAAGCAAAAGCAGGUUAAAAAUACCGGCAGCUUACCAGAGCAGUGUGUUGAAAGCACUAGGUCUUUGAUAGCUAAUGGAUCCUACUGGACAAACAAAGAUCUCCAGACACUUGAUCGGCUUCCUCCUAUUGUUGAGGAAGAAGGUGAACCCUCCAUGAAGAUGGAAUGUCAUGGGCACAACCUCAGCUUGAGUAGCCCCUUAAAAAGUAAUAUUGGCAAGGCAAGUUUUGCAGGUCUGGAUGGACCAAGCCAACUGAGUUACCAAGACAAUCUAUCCUGUGGUGAAGAUGACCAUUUAUCUGCUGAUUCAAGAGCAACAACCGAGAGUGGGGGCAUGGGGCAGCAUAAAGAGCCUAGAAUGGAGGCCAGUAUUGCUGAUGCCAUUAGGCGGCAAACCACAGAAGAACAUUUGGAAGUGGAUAUCAACCAGGGAUUUGAAGUAAAUGAUGCUACUGGCAGCUCAUUGCCUUGGAGCCCCAAGGAACAUACUGAAGUAAAUAGUAUACCAGCUCAUCAUAGUGCUCAUGAGCCCAUCUGUAAAUGUGGUGAUAUAGACAUCCUCUUCAACUAUAAGGCCUCAAGUCAAAAGUUAGUAGUUACUGUUUUAGAAGCAAGGGAUAUCCCAGACAAAGACCGCAGUGGAGUGAACACCUGGCAAGUGCACACAGUGCUGAUGCCUAGCAAGAAACAGAGGGGUAAGACAAGUGUUCAGAGGGGACCGAUCCCCAAGUUCAAGGAUAAAAUUACCUUCAGUAAGCUGGAGCCAGAGGAGUUAAGCAGCCAUGGCAUUCGUUUCCGGCUCUAUGCGGUGCAUAAGAUGAUUGGAGAGAAGAUGAUGGGAGAGCAGUUGUUCCGCCUGAGCAACAUCAGCCAGGAAGGGGAAACAAAAGUGACAUUGGUCUUGGAGCCAAGGAGUAACUUGAGUAGUGCAGACUCUCAACUUAGUCUGUCAGCAAUCUCUCACAGCGAUAGUGCUUCUUCAACACAGUCCCUGUCGCAUGGAGGAGUGCCAGAGCUGCUCGUGGGAUUGUCAUACAAUGCCACUACAGGGCGGCUGUCAGUGGAGGUGAUCAAAGGCAGUCAUUUCCGAAACCUCGCCAUUAAUAGGCCACCUGAUACUUAUGGAAAGCUCUGCCUGCGCAACUCUGUGGGUCAGGAGAUGUCUCACUGCAAAACCUCCAUCCGUCGAGGACAGCCCAACCCUGUCUACAAAGAAACUUUCAUCUUCCAGGUUGCUCUCUUCCAGCUCUCUGAUGUCACACUAAUGAUCUCCAUAUAUAACAGACGCAGCAUGAAGCGCAAAGAGAUGAUUGGAUGGAUUUCUAUGGGUCAGAACAGCAGCGGAGAGGAAGAGCAAAGUCAUUGGCAGGAAAUGAAGGAAUCGAAGGGUACACAGGUCUGCAGGUGGCACAUGCUGCUGGAGUCCUAGUGGUUACCAGGGCAGCCUGUGGGUCCUGAUGUGAUGAGCUGUCUUUCCUUGUUCUCAGUCAGCAGCGAAAAGCUGUGCUGUGGCAAGCACAGUGCUCUUACGGGUCACAUGCGCUUUGACCUGACUUUUCAGUAUCAGCAGUCACAGGUAUUAAAGAUGGCAAGGCCUGGGAAGCAAGUUUAGUUCUGGUCUUUCCAGGUUGUCCUGCCUAUUGUACAUCCAAAUAAUUAAUCCUAGGGAGAAGCAGUGUGAAUACCUACAAAAUC